CACACUUCUUCUGAUCUCAAAUUUUCAAUUUCGAAGUGUUAACUCCAAAAACCUCUUCAAACCCUCACCGCAUUUACAGAAACAGUCGAAGAAAAACAAAAUAUAUUAUCGAAUUAUCUUCAGAAUUUCGCAACCAUGAACAUUUUCAGAUUUGCCGGUGAUAUGACGCAUUUGAUCAGUAUUUUAGUCCUCCUCCUUAAAGUGUACGCCACCAAAUCGUGCUCAGGGAUUUCCUUAAAGACUCAGGAAUUGUACGGAAUUGUCUUCUUGGCUCGGUACCUCGAUUUGUUUACCGACUUCAUUUCAGUCUAUAACACAGUAAUGAAACUGGUGUUCAUUGGAAGCUCUUUGGCAAUCGUAUGGUGCAUGAGGUUUCACCGAGUGGUGAAGCGAUCCUAUGACCGUGACGUGGACACAUUUAGGCAUUAUUUUCUUGUUGGAGGUUGUUUUCUCUUGGCGCUUUUUGUUCAUGAGAAGUUCUCGUUUCGAGAGGUAUUUUGGGCAUUUUCAAUAUACUUGGAGGCAGUUGCAAUCUUACCACAGUUGAUACUAUUGCAAAGAAGUGGAAAUGUGGACAAUCUGACCGGGCAAUAUGUACUAUUUCUUGGGGCCUAUCGAGGAUUCUACAUCCUGAAUUGGAUAUACCGAUAUUUCACCGAAGAUCAGUUCAGUCGAUGGAUUUCUUGUGUCUCUGGGCUUGUCCAAACAGCUCUUUAUGCAGACUUUUUCUACUACUACUUCAUUAGCUGGAAAAACAACGCGAAACUGAAAUUGCCAGCCUGAGAUAGAACGAGAUAGAGUGGUGGAUAGAUACAGCAGAGUCCUCAUUUCUCUAUUUAUGUCCCAUCUACAUAUCCGCAGCACCAAAUCGUCGCCUAUGAACUGAUUAAAGUUUCUUAUUAGUGGAAUUGACGAGGUAGUCCAAUAUUUAGGAAAGGGAAAUCGAUGUUCGCAGAUUACCACCUGGCUUUUGACAUGUCCAUAUAUAUUAUACAGUACAUGUAAAAGGGCUUGAAAAGAAACUUUAAAUUUGCAGGGAGUUUGUAAUUCAUUAUGUAAUCUCUUUUCGAGUGUGGGUUUGUGAUUACGGGCAAGUGUUUGUCUGUAGUCUGUACCUGUCGGUUGUUUGUGCUCUCGUGUUGCUGUGUUUUCCGACUUCCGUAGGUAGUGAAAUACGAGAUAAAAUGAUUGAUCAUUACUGCUGCUAUAUGUAAACUAUAACAUAAGCCAUAAAUAUUUGGAAUAAAAUA